UCAACAACUCCUCUAAUCUCAAUUGACAACGCGCACACACGCAUACACAUACACAUUCAUAUAUUCCCUCUCCCAAUCCCUCUAUAAAAUUCAACCUAUACAUACAAAAUUCAUCCUAUACACACACCCAAUCAAUCAUGUAUUACAACAACAACGCCAUGAUGCUAAUCAACUGCUCCGGUUGCCAGACGCCUCUGCAGCUCCCCCACGGCGCCAAAUCAAUCAGAUGCGCGCUCUGCCAAGCCAUUACUCAGAUCGCCGACCCACGCGCCGUCGCGGCGCCUCCGGCCGCCUCUCACGCGCCUCCUCCUCCGUCCCCGUUUAACCACGCGCCGCCGGGACCUCCGCCGUCGCCGCACGGCAGGAAAAAGGCGGUGAUUGUCGGCAUAUCGUAUAAGUUUUCGAGGCAUGAGCUGAAAGGGUGUAUUAAUGAUGCGAAAUGUAUGAAGUAUUUGUUGAUCAAUAAGUUUAGUUUUCCGGAAGCUUCGAUUAUCAUGCUUACCGAGGAAGAAAGAGAUCCCUUCAAAAUUCCUACCAAACAGAACAUGAGAAUGGCAUUAUUUUGGCUUGUACAGGGAUGUCAGCCAGGAGACUCCUUAGUGUUUCAUUAUUCAGGGCAUGGUUCACGGCAAAGGAAUUAUAAUGGAGAUGAGGUUGAUGGAUAUGAUGAAACUUUGUGCCCACUAGAUUUCGAAACUCAGGGAAUGAUUGUUGACGACGAGAUUAAUACAGCAAUUGUGAGACCCAUUCCACCUGGAGUUAAGCUUCAUGCAAUAAUUGAUGCUUGCCACAGUGGCACUGUGCUAGAUCUACCAUUUCUAUGUAGAAUGAACAGGAGUGGACAAUAUGUUUGGGAGGAUCAUCGUCCCCGAUCUGGUAUUUGGAAAGGAAGCAGUGGUGGGGAAGUUAUAUCUUUCAGUGGUUGUGAUGAUAACCAAACAUCUGCUGAUACAUCAGCUUUGUCAAAGAUCACUUCAACUGGUGCGAUGACUUUUUGUUUUAUCCAAGCAAUUGAGCGUGGACAUGGCCAAGGUGCUACUUAUGGAAGCAUACUAACUGCUAUGCGCCACGCCAUCCGUAGUGCAGGAGGUGGUGGUGGCGGCGGCGGCGGUGGUGAUGUAGUGACAACUCUUAUUGGCAUGCUUUUGACAGGGGGCAGUGCUAGUGGUGGAUUACAACAGGAGCCACAAUUAACUGCUCACGAGGCCUUCGACGUGUAUAGAAAGCCAUUUUCCUUAUAAUAGUGUAUGCCUGGUGCUUCUAUCAAAGAUUCUGUAAAUUCAAAGUAUUUGGAAAUUUAUUACUUUUAAGGAGUGGUAGUUUGCGUCUUAGCUAAUGUAUAUUGUUCUUGCAUCAUUUUGCUUGAUUCAUCGAGCCAUGAUCAAUUCAUCUGUUUAUUAUUGAUAUUAAUGUGAAAAA